AUGAAAGAACUUUGUUGUGGGUUUAAAAAUGUCAGGGGCAGUAAAAAUGACUUCAAAAAUUUUUCUAGGGACUUGAAAGUUUAUAUCUCUAAUGCUGAUGGUGCAAUGUUUGUUCAAAACCUUGAACAAAAAGUGAAAAGCAUUAAAGGGGGUAAUUAUUUCGAUUACUGUGUUGAUGAAAGCAGGUACUUGACACGUGUUUUUUGGGCUGAUGCUAUUGGUAGAAGAGAUUAUCAAUUGUUUGGGGACUCUUUAUCUUUUGAUUCUACCUAUGAUACAAAUAAAUACUCAUUGGUUUUCUGCCCUUUCACUGGAGUUGAUAAUCAUAAGAGAUGUGUUACAUUUUGUGCUGCUUUAUUAUCUAAAGAAGAUGUAGAAUCUUUUGUGUGGCUAUUUCAAACUUUUUUGAAGUGUAUGGGAAGAGAACCCUCUUGCAUAAUCAAUGAUCAAGACCCUACAAUGGGUAUUGCCAUACAAAAGGUUUUUACCAAGACGAAACACGAGUUAUGUAUGUGGCACAUAAUGAGGAAGGCACCUGAAAAGGUUGGAACUCAGUUUUGUAAUGAAACUGAGUUCUUGAAAAAGCUAGGUGCAGUAGUUUGGGAUAGAGAAAUUGAUCCCCAUGUAUUUGUUGAUUGCUGGAACAGUGUUAUGGAGGAAUUUGACCUUGUAGAUCAUGAGUGGUUUGCAUACAUGCUCAAGAUUAGGCAUCUUUGGAUCCCUACAUAUUUCAAGGACUUGUUUAUGGAUGGGUUACUGCGUUCUACUUCUAGGUCUGAAGGUGAAAACAGUUUCUUUUGUAAUUUUAUAAACCCCCAUGUGACCUGUGUUGAAUUCUUUGUCCGUUAUGAAACUGCUCUUGAUGCUCAAAGGCAUGAACAGGAUGAGUUGAACAGGCUUAAUAAAUCUGAGCCUCAAUUGCUUGCUCAUUUACACUUGGGAAAGCACGCUGUUGUUGUUUGCAGUCGUGCCAUCUUUUAUGAUUUUCAAGAAGAAUGUCAGGCGGCCUGUUGUCAUGUGGUGUUGAAAGUUGGAGUUCUCUAUAUGGAGAUGGUGUGGAGUUUUCUAAAAGACAUUCUGAAGAAAGCUUCUGCCAUAAAUGUUGUUCUGGAUGAUGCUUCUAAGUAUGAUAAGAAGAAGCAAUUGGUGAGUGAUGUGUGGUCUAAGAUUUUCAGUUGUGUGAGUUUAUCUGAGCAAUUUGAGGAUGAUUUAUCUGAGCUUAUUAGGACAUUAUCUUCAUUUGAGGAGCAGAUGCUGACAAAGAAUAAUCCUGAAAAUGCAACUAGUUCAAAAGAGGUGAAAGAUGCUGAUAUUCAGGUUUUGGUUGGGUCAAAUGAAGUAGAUGUAAACAUAUUUCCUCCAAAUCAAUGUCUUAAUAAAGGUUCUACCAGAAGUUCAAAGCUAUUGAAGAGUGCAAAAGAAAUAGCUUCUGAAGAAAAAUCCAAAAAGGGCAGAACCUGUAAAGCUUGUGGGCAAUCUGGUGUUUCACAUGACAGUGUUAUUAUACUUAAGCAAUUGGUGAGUGAUGUGUGGUCUAAGAUUUUCAGUUGUGUGAGUUUAUCUGAGCAAUCAAAGGCUGAUUUAUCUGAGCUUAUUAGGACAUUAUCGUCAUUUGAGGAGCAGAUGCUGACAAAGAAUAAUCAUGAAAAUGCAACUAGUUCAAAAGAAGUGAAAGAUGCUGAUAUUCAGGUUUUGGUUGGGUCAAAUGAAGUAGAAGUAAACAUCUUUCCUCCAAAUCAGUGUCUUAAUAAAGGUUCUGCCAAAAGUUCAAAGCGGUUGAAGAGUGCAAAAGAAAUAGCUUCUGAAGAAAAAUCCAAAAAGGGCAGAACUUGUAGAGCUUGUGGACAAUCUGGUGUUUCACAUGACAUUAGAAACUGUCCAAACAAGUGUUAUUAUACUUUUAUUAUAAUACUUGGAUAUUGA